CAAAGCGUCCUUUUAAUUGAUUUUGAUUUUUGCCUCCCAGAUGACCGUUAUUUGAAAUUCUUAGUCUAUCAACAAUCGACCGACUCGUAAGAGACUAAGAGAGGAGAGGCGUAUCGCGUUUUCUGAAUCCAACAAAUGAAUAAAUGAGUGCGGAUAUAAAUUCGAUUCAGUGCCAAAAUAAGUGAACCUCAAUACUUACGAAAAUGCGGAAGAGCUCAACAACUACAAGACGACGGUCGUCGUCGAAUCCCGGGCGGUUUUCGCAGCAGGACCCGGACAGAAAUUCCAUGCGAGCAGACUCUAGAAGGCCGGCAAAUACCAAGAGCAAGGAUUCGAAUUUCGGUACCCAGGACACGAUGAUUCCGAAACCGAGGAUACGGAGCUCUUCGUCCGAUAGGUUAAGCGGCAUGCGAAAGUCUAAUCUCCGGCCUACUACAGGUGCAAAAACAUCCAUUGGUCAGUAUACUACAGCAUCGUCUGCAAUUUCUCCAAUGCCCAACAAUCGUUACACUCAUGUUAUUGAGAAGACUGCAAGACCUUCUCUGAUUGACCAAGCUAACAGGGGCAGAAUAUCUUGCGUCGAUCAAGCUAAUUUAGCUUCAAAAGGAUACAUUACUCCAAUGGCUAGUGGAUCUCGUCAUGUGGCACCAGCGAGUGAUGGGAGAAAUGUUAGAGCAUCUUCUGCUGAAAGAGCAAGCGCUCUUGCUCCAAAGGGUCCUAAGAAAGACAGUCGACCACUCAAUGACAAAAAUUAUCAGAAUGAAAUGCUUGGCAAGAUCGAUAACUAUUUUCAUUCUAUUGGUCAAAGUGCGAUUCUUAAUGGCAAUGGAAGUCUCAAACCACUGACUUUAAAAAUAUUUGUUGAAGCAACCAAUCUGCUGGUAAAGUUGCUUGAUAUGAAGCAGUCAUUGACUGCUGCUAAUUACAUUGAAGAAAUACCAAAAAUAGCAAAGAAAAUACAUUAUCCAGGUUUGAUGAACAAAUCUUGGUUGAAAACUGCUAACACUAUGCAUUCUUGGCCCCAUGCCAUUGGCUGGAUUUGUUGGCUUGUAGAGUUAUGUGAAGUUAAAGAUUUGGCUAGUGAAAUCUUUACGCUUGAAAGACUACCAAUUAUAGGAAAUAACGAUGAUGAGAAAGAGAAUCAUAGAAACACUUUUCUUGUCAUGAUUCAGUGUUACAAGGCUUGGAAUGAAGAAAAACCUGAAGACGAAGAAAGAAUCAUACAACAAUUUUUCCAAGAAGAAGCUGAAAGACGUGGAAUUAAUGCUAAAAGAUAUGAACAAGUUCGAAUGGAUUAUGAAAAAGUCAAGGAAAAUUUAGAAAAAGAAGAGGCUAAAACAAAUAAAGUAGAUGCAGAAGUAAGUGAAUUGCAAGAAGUUCUAAGCAAUAUGAAAAAAGAUAGAGCCAAGCAGCAGGAACAUAUCCUACAACAAGAAAAAUAUGUUGAUAAAACACUCAAAGAAAUUGAACAGAUAAAUAAAGAUUCAUCAAUGUUCCUUCAAGAGAUUAAAAAACUGGAGAGUACAAGAGAUGAAUUGAGUGGAGUCAUAAAGCAACAACCAAUGUCUGUUACUGAACGUGAUGAAAUAGUAAAGGCUUGCACCGAACAACAAACCUACAUUCAAAAUUUUGAAGCUCAUUUAGAAGAAAUAAAGAAGGAAGCAUACGCUUUAGACAUGCGAUUGGUUUCAUCUAACACAAAUCUUGUAAAAACGAUACUAGCCUACAACCAAGCACUUUUUAUGCAGCUUUCUGAUUCAAAUAUUGAUAUUAACGAAUUAUUAAUGCCAGAAAAUGGAAUAUGUGAAUCUAAUUUUUUGGAUAGAUUAGAGGAGAAGAAAAAUUUAAUGAAUACAUUCAUGCAAGAACGUACUAAAGAAUUAAGCAAAAAAACAAAUUUACUUGAAUCACAUCACAGAGAAAUAGAAGCGAUGCAAACUAAAAGAGAUACACUUUCAGAGAAAGUUGAAAAGAAAAAAGCCUCGGAAGAAAAACGUAAACAAGAACUUAAAGUCAAGGAAAAUAAAAAGCGCGAAGAAAUAAAAAAAUUGCAAGCCAGUAUAAAAGAAUUAAAUGAAAUUAUCAACAAAACGUCCAGUGAAAUUGAUGCUUUGAAUAAACAAUUAGCACAAGCAGUAGACAAAAGGGAAGCUGCACUGCAAAAGAAUGCACAUUUACAGGCUUCAGCUAAAACAUUUUUCAAGCAGUUUUACGAUAUUUUAAAUGAGCAUGGAGACAAAAUAAGAAAAACAUUUGAAAUGUGUUUACAAAAGAAAGACACGUAAAAUUACUAUUGUAUUACAGUAAACGCCAAAAACUUUUAAAUUAUUGAGAUCAC